AGAGCAGAUGUCCUCGAACGCCCCCGUCACAGUUCCCACCAACGGUCCCUUGCACACAUACACUUCGCAAGAGUGGACCGCAUGGAAGAGUGCGCUGUACAGGUUCAUGGAACGAAAUGGAUCAGCUUUCGUGUCCUUUAUAGUCUACGACGACCAUAACAAUCUGCGGUGGUACGAGUCGGAAGUGCGCGUCGACAACGGAACGAUCUUCGUCUCCACACCUCAAGGCGUGGCUCCCUUUGCCGCUCUCCGUGAAGUCGUCGCCGAUUUCAGAGCACCACAGCAGACAGCUUUCCUGGAAAGCGUUCUGGAAGUGAUGCAGGAUUCCAAUGGACGCUCCGCUCGUAUUACAGCCCAGCUGGAGCAAUGGUCCUCUUUCUUGGCACGUCACUUUCGACCUUACUGCAGCAGCAGCAGCACCUCAACGCUUACUUCUCCGACCUUAGCGGUCGGGAGCGGGCAUUGGCGUACCAGGAAGGUUUGGGUCAAGCGACUGUGCAACAGUACGCAGCCACUCUCAAGAACCACGCAACACAAGAGCGUGCGCAACUCUCGGUCCAGAUGGCAGCACGCGAGGCUGACGUGCGUGCUGAGCGCGCCGAGACGCGGGCUGAGGUGCGCGAGAUGACAGCUUCGUUGGACGCAGAACAUGCACGGAGAGAAGCCGCCACGGCAGCUGCUUGGCACCAAGCUGAAGUAGGCUUCUUACAGCGGGAGCUGCAGUCCCAGAAGGAGCAUCUUGACCGGUUAAACGCAGCAGCUGCUGUGAAGGAUGCUGUGCAUCGUGGAGCUGACCGAGACUGUUGCCGGCCUUCGGGGUCACCCUUACCCGAGGCUCAGAUCCAGUCCGCCGCGUUGUCCAGUCGAAGCAGAAGGCUGCAAGACGGAGUGUGAGGAGCUCAAGAGCCAGCUGAAAAAACAAAGACGAAUUACUGGCGAAGAAGACACCAACGAGCGCAGAGGAAUCCGCGCGGGCUCAGGCGAAUGCGUUGCCCCUUCCGGAUACUUCCGACAGUGACGGCGAGGUCCCCCAGAAAUGGCAGGGAUCGCAUCGCGGCGGCGAUUCGCACGGGAGCACGGCCAACGGCUCACGCCGCCAGCACGUAUUCUACCAUCGCGUGGCGCCCGUAUGCGAAUUGUCGAGGUCCAGCCGCCGCCGCCUAUGGAAACGUUGCCGACGCCACUGCGACGUCAACCACCGCCGACCCCGACAGGGGGCUACGCCUGGGGUCACACCAACUGCGAUGAACUGGUCCCUGGGUACGUCAGGGCAACCGAAGGCAGGUUCCUUUGCGCAGCCAGCCCGGCCUCAGGUCCCCGGGCUGAACUCCUCACCCAUGCGCACCCCGCCUGGAUUUUUCUGUGGCGACGCGUCUCCAGCGAAGCCCGAUCCCGAGAUGUAACACGCGGAAAAACCGCCCACCGACGCUGUUGCUACAGGGAAGUGGAAGAGAGGGAUGAUCGGGGAUUACCCAGCGGUCACCGACGAGCUCUGGGUGCGCGCCGGCUAUGUCGGCAACUACCCCGCCUUCACACAAAGUGUGGAAGCGUCCGGUGGUCAGGCUGCGAUCACCGCGCUGAUGGGCAUGGUGGCGCACACGGCCAACUUCAACGCGCUGCGUCUUCGGAGCAUUCUGGCAUUACACGCCGAUUUCCGCGUAACCAGCGAGGAGCAGUUUUUCGAGGUUCUGGGACGGGAGCUGUACUACUUCUUCCGCGAAGUCGUGCUGCUUUCGGGUAA